AUGGCGCCCAGGAGGAUGAGUGCAGGUUCCAAGAAGUCUGGCAAGGCUGCUGUGGAGACGUCGCCGACCGAGAGCACCGGCGAUGUUGCCGUUCUGACAAGUGCUUCAGCGUUGAUGUCGUUGUCGCACGGGCCUCGAUGCUGUGUGCUUUUUCCCAAUGUACCACUUCAGCCGGAGCAGCAUUUCAACUACACUGAUGAUCCCGAAGUGGGGAGAGCUUUUGGUCUUCGCAGAGAAAUUCCUUUAUGCACAUUCCCAAGUUUGGAACGAACGCAUUUAAUUAGGUUUGCUGAGUGUUCCACCCUUAGGGCUUGGAUCACCGAUCUGGAUCUGGAAACUCCUGCGGGUUUGGAUCAAUUUGUCAAACCCUCAUUUUUAUUCGGUGACCAUAUAUCUGCCGAUGGACAAGUCGGGUAUGUAGAAGACUCCCGGAUGCUGCGCAGAGUUGAUGAUCGUUUACUCUUCCUUCCCAGCAUGAAGAGAAUGUACCCGCUUUCCUACUUCCUGAGUGUUGGUGGUCGUAGGGGCUUGGCCUUCGAUCUUGUCAAGGAGAAAGAGAACAUCUCAUUCGGAUCUGGUCGAUCUUCUCGCGUUCAAAUUGGCGGACAACUCAAAGGUCUGAGACCUGGUUGUUUUGAGAAAAAGGGCUUCGCUCAGGAGACACCUCUUCCCGCGAACAUUUUCAUGCGCCAGUUUAUUGCUGCCCGGGGCGAAUUUCCUACACAAGCCUUCCAUUCUCCUGGCUGGUUAUUUUCAGGAGAGAAUGGCUGGUGGACUCGGAUGGUAGAUUUUGUUCUUGAGGAACUCAAAGAACCUCUUGCUCAAUCUGGCCUUACUAUACCAGUACAGGCUACUAGAUGUGGGAUCACUCAGAGUUAUCCCUGCUUCUUCGCUAUGCUGGAGCGGUAUAAUCCGGAUAGCUGCACCUUUUUCACUCCUGUUGGGGAGUUGGGGUUUGCUCUCCAUGAGAUGCAUGCAAUAUCGGGACUAUCCUUCGGGCAAACGCCUUAUGAAGAAUUUAUUCCCACUACCGAGGAACUCUCCCUCCUGAAGACUGCUCAUCCAGAGAUAUACAGCACUUUUUGGGAGUUGCUGUGUCAUUUCCACAUCUGCGCUCAGGUCGCCGGGAUGCGUGGGGGGGGUCUCAUGCAUACUGCUUGGACAGAUUACUUAUUCCAGAACUUAGGUCAGAAGACUUUGAAGGUGACCCGUCUUGCUGUAAGCUCUGCUAGGAGUAUCAAAGCUCGCAUCAAAACUCCUAACGCCACUUAUAGGAACACGUGCUUGGAAGAUGGAUUUGAAGCUGACAGUGAAUUUGACAGUUUCCAUUUUCAAGCUGCAAUUCCUAUUUCUGACACGGCCCUCCUUGCUGGUUUCUUGAUGCUAUGGUUGAAACGAUGCGUCGUGCCGACGAAACCAGCUGAGUCAAUCUUGAUUGAGGUUGUCUAUCCAGCCGUUCUCUUGGCUCACGGAAGACCUCUCAGUCUUCUUCCUGCGAUGACAGGUUGUCUGCAGAGAGGCUUGCGGGAUUUGACUUCUGAACUCCUUGAUGUCAAGGAGAUGAAUGUUGCCGGAAGGAAAGUUUGGAAGACUUCUCAACCCCGCACACCAAUGCCCUAUACUUACUUAGUGGCUUGGUUUGUGCUGCACUGUCCCUCUUUGAUGCGGGGGAUUAUACAUACUGACGAGACCUCUACUCCUUUCGUGCAAAGGCUCGAGCCAGCCACGUGGACGACUGCGUACAUAGUCCGGGCUAGGCAACUUUUGUCUUCGGAAGCCAGUUAUGAUCUCUUUUGCUGUCGCCCUUGCUUUGAUGGGGCUGAAGAAGAAGGCCCGAAGUUUGGCGACGUAGUCUUCGAAGGGUCCUCGCUUUUAAAUACAGGGACCUUCCAAUGGCUUCUCACUAUCAGGGUGGGUUAUCUGGUUUUCAGAAUAGGUGAAAGAUGCAUAAUUGAGCCUUACGUUCCUUCACGUUUUGCCCGACAGUUCGGGUACGACCAGCUUUACGUUGGUAACCCUAAUCCACAAUUAGCUCACAUCGGGAAUCUGUAUGAAGGAGCUCGUGCUUGGCGUUUCUUUAUUGCCCGAGGAACUCAUGCGCAGUUUACUCUGCCUAAUCUGCCACCUAAUUGUUCCACUGUAGCAGAUUUCCGCAAUUGGUUUGAUAAAGCUUCUCUGAUCCCAGAAUAUGACAUUUAUACUUCAUGUAUAAACGAAAUCCGAGAGCUUUAUAAAUCAAGAAGUGGUUCCGGCAGGACUCGAUUACCAGGGAUAGAGGAUUAUCUGUCCUGCGAACGAGAGGCGUCCGGAAUCGAAGAAAUCUCAGGGGAAUUACCCGCUGCUAAGCCUUCUGAAGAAGAAGAGGACACUAAAGAGGCUUUUGAGGGAGCACCUCUUUCUAGACCCCGUCCCCUGAGAUCUUCAGGGAAGAAGGCUCUUACUGCUGAGGAGGUAGGCGAAUACGAUAGAAGAAUUCGUAAACGAAAACCUGUCGCAGCUAAGAACUCUAAGAGAGCUAAGCUGAUGGGGGACGCCAUGAAGUCUGCACUUGCUUCGUCUCCCGAAAACAGCGGGGAUACUAUACCUCCAGCUGCUCCUCCUAGUCCUGAAAUCCUGACAGGUGGGCAGGGAUUGAUUGUCCCAGAUUCAGUGCCAGAUGUGCCCGAAAAGAUAUCAUCUAAAGCUGUAAACGCUCCCAUUCGCACUGAUUAUGAGAAUUGCUUCACUUAUCCGCCGACUGCUCCACCCCCAAGCUCGGAGACUUUGAGGAAACUCAUCGAGCAAUUAGAGUACUGGAUGCAGAUGACUAUUGAUGUCGUUAGUCUCGGGGACGUGAGUUUCAAAGUCUUCGAACCCCAUCUGCUGAAGUGUCUUGCCAAGAUUAGGGACCAGGGGGAUACAUCGUGGACUGAACAUUGUCGCGAGAGCAUUAUUGUUCUGGAAUACGAAUUGGAAUUCCUUUCAAUGCUACAACGCGAUGCCAUCGAACCAGAAGUGGAUCGGGCUCUUUCUCAUGCCAGAGCUUUGAAGGUACAUCAGCAAGAGGCUCUUCAGAAGAGUCUAAACGAAGCAGAUUCUCGUAUUACUCGCCUGCGCGGGGAACAUCUUCAAGUGCAAGUGGACUUGGGCACUUUUGCUGCAGGUAUUCGGGAUACUGCGAUUGAGCUUACCCGUGCUGGUAUCGAGCAAGCUCAGAUAACUGCUCGAUUAGCGGGCGACAUGGAAGUCAUAAAAGGGUUAAUUGCUUAUUGUGACGGGCUUUUCAAGGGCUAUUGUGAUGAGCUUGUUGCUGCUGACAAAGUUAGGCGGGAGAUUGCAGAAGCAGCGCCAAAUGAAGAGGAGCUCAAGAGCAAGAUAACAGAGGAAGUCAAAAAGGCUCGUGAGGAGAAAAUAUUGGCGCUGAAAGCUAAACUCAAGUCUUUUAGACUGAUGAGCCCCGAUGUUUAGGACUUGGAUUGCUUUUUAGCUAGGAAUAAUUUUGUAUCAUUUUCGUUUCGAUUCAUUUUGUAUUCAAAUCAAAAAUAUUGAAUGAAAAUGAUAUCAU